AUGGGUCCUUACAGCAUGGAGAGUGCUGCCACCCAGUCCACACUCUUCCCUGACGGGAGUGCUGCUGCUGCUGCUGCUGCUGCUGAGGAACACUUCCUUAACCUCCCGCCUGAGGGACAUAAAUGCCUUGAGGAUUUUUGGAACAGCUUGCCCCUAGAUGGAGUGUACUGUAACGCCACUUGGGACUCGCUGUACUGCUGGCCGGCGACACAGGCUGGGAGCACUGUGAACGAGUCUUGUGCUACCGUCUUCAGUGACGUGCCUGACCUCUUACACUACCCUGAUGCGCUGGCGUACCGUGAAUGCGACGUGUCAGGGUCCUGGCUGUGGGGUAACUGGACCAACUACUCCCAGUGUCUGAGCGUCAUCGACCACCAGCCCAGGUCAUCACGACUGGUGGAGGCUGUCAGAUACAUCACAUUCAUCGGUGCCAUCUUCUCCCUUCUCACUCUCUCCCUCACCAUCUUCAUCUUCACCUACUUCAGGACGCUGGAGUGUGACCGACUGCGGGUACACAGGAACCUGGUGGUGUCUCUCAUCAUACACUUCCUGGUGAUGCUCGUCCUCAGUGAACCCUUCAUCUUCCACCGUCACACCAACACCUAUCGCGACGUGGACUGGGUGUGUAAGACACUGCUGGCACUCACUAUGUACGCUCAGAUGACCUCCAUCAACUGGAUGUUCGUGGAGGGCCUCUUCCUUCACUCCAGACUCACCUCCAAUGUCUUCGACUCCGGAGCUCCCUUUGCGAUCUACUACACCAUAGGCUGGGGAGCUCCGCUAGUGUUCAUCCUGGCCUGGGCAGCUACCAUGUCUCUCCACCAUGAGGUUCACUGCUGGCGAGGGUAUGGUGGUCUACCAUACGCCUGGAUCCUCGUAGCUCCUAUGGCAACUGCCCUCAUGAUCAAUCUGGUGUUCCUGGUCAAUAUAAUGAGGAUCGUGGUGACCAAACUGAAGGCCAACGACGCUGUGGAGACAACGCAAGUCAGGAAGGCGAUCAGGGCAGCGGUGUUGCUGUUCCCGUUACUGGGCAUCACAAAUCUUCUGUUUGCCGUUAACCCAGGAGACAAAGGUGACCUGGAGGACGCUUACAUGCUCACUAAUGCUCUCCUACAGUCCUCCCAGGGAGUGUUCGUGUCGGUGCUGUACUGCUUUCUGAACAGCGAGGUGCAGGAACUGUUGCGGAAGCGUUGGCGGCAGUACCGUACCAGACGUCUAGGUUACCCAGCUCUCCACUACCGCUACCGCAGGAGCACCAGGACCACCAGCGUCUUCGACACCUCCGUCUACGUUAGGGCCUGCCCGCGCCACCCACCGCCCCACGCCCUCAACACCCGCGCCCUCGACACCCAUGCUGGCGACUUCGACGUUCUGAGCAUCCAAGCCGGUGACUUCGAUGUCCUGAACACCCCCACCAGCGACACACUCUCUCUCAACACACACGGUCACGAAACCCAUGCCCUUGGAAUCCCCGUCCUUAGUAUUCGCGCCCUAGAUAAUCACGCCCAUGACAACCAUGCCUUCCAGACCUCCGUGGUGUAAUUAUUAUAUUCACAAAAAAGAUGCUAAACCAGCGCAAAAUGUAGCUCUUCUCCGUGGAGUAAGCAUCUGUUAACCCUUCCAGUGACAUUUAGGGCAACAAGCCAGCACGUUGAUAUGAAGACGUGUAAUUCUCAGCAAGCCUUAGACAUUUCGCUCAGGAUUUAGCUUCAAGUCCAAAACGUCGCCAAAAAAUAAAGGCUUUCUUCACACUCUCCAGGUAAACUGCAUAUCUUUCCUACAAACACACGCCCUCCUUGUGUUCCUGCCGUCCUACUAGAAGAGAGAAAAAAAAGACAAGUUAGAGGAUUUU